AUGAAGGAGAUAGGAGCAGCAAGGGAAGAGCAGCCGCUGCCACAAGAGGCCUCAGAUCUCGGCUCAGGCUUGCGAUGGCUGCCACCACUGCUGAAGAACAAGGGUCAAAAUCCCAGCCAGAGGGCAGCAGGAGCAGUGGCCGCACUAUUUGAUGGUAGCUGUCAAUGUGAAAAAUCCCCAAACGUGGCAGAAGAGAUGCAUCUGGUACACACAAACCAGACCAUCCAUUCGAUUGCCUCCGAGUUCAUCUUCCAGGCAUUCUCCACCAUUCCUGAGAUACAGCGUCUUCUCUUCACAUUCUUCCUUCUGCUCUAUCUCACAAUUAUCUUUGGCAAUGUGUCCAUCAUCUGGGUGGUCUGCACUGAUGAGUCCCUCCACACCCCCAUGUAUUUCUUCUUGGGCAACCUCUCUUUUCUAGAGAUCUGUUACACUACUGUGGUAGUACCCCAAAUGCUGGCCAGUGUUUUUGAUGUCCACAGAACAAUCCUCUUUGCAAACUGCGGGAUCCAGAUGUUCUUGUUUGUGGCACUAGGCAGUACUGACUGUUUCUUGUUGGCUGUUAUGGCAUAUGAUCGUUAUGUGGCCAUCUGCCAUCCACUUCGUUACACCCUGAUCAUUACCUGGAAGGUGUGUGUAUGGUUGGUUGUUGGCUCUGUAUUGCUUGCCCUGGCACUGGCCCUGGAAUUGACUGUGCUGAUUUUCACCUUGCCAUUCUGUGGUCAACAGCCUCAAAUCAACCAUUUUCUGUGUGAUGUGCCUCCUGUGUUGCGGCUGGCAUGUGCUGACACUCAUCUCCACCAGACUGUGCUGUUCAGUGUUGGAGUCAUGGUUCUGACUAUCCCCUUCCUUCUGAUAUGCAUAUCCUAUGUCUACAUUGUAGUUGCCAUCCUGCAGAUCCGUUCUAAAUCUGGUCGGCAUCAGGCCUUCUCCACCUGUUCCUCCCACUUGACAGUGGUGAUUCUGCAGUAUGGCUGCUGCAGUCUUGUUUACUUGCGUCCCAGGUCAAGUUCAUCAGAGGAUGAGGACCGGAAGCUUGCUCUUAUAUACACUUUUGUCACUCCACUGCUAAAUCCCCUCAUCUACAGUCUGAGGAACAAGGAUGUCAAGCAGGCUCUGAAGAAGGUCAUGAAGAAGACUACUAUAUGUUAG